ACCACACGUGACGUGAAGCAUCGUGGGAUAACAAGGUUUUAGAUUUCGAAACUACGCAAGAAGGGAAAUUAGAUAUCAAGAUGGCUCUGCCCAAAGCAAAGGAGAUCGUGUCGGCCAAUUCCGUCGUCGUUUUCAGCAAAACUUAUUGCCCUUUCUGCGUUGAAGUGAAGAAUCUCUUCGGUAACCUCGGUGCCACUUACAAGGUCGUCGAACUCGACACUGAAGCUGAUGGAAGUGAGAUCCAAACAGCAUUAAAAGAGUGGACUGGUCAGCGAACUGUGCCAAAUGUGUUUAUUGGCGGAAAGCACAUUGGUGGCUGUGACUCAACUACUGCCUUGCACAAUCAGGGGAAGCUGUUACCUUUGCUGGAAUCCACAGGAGCUGUUGCCAAAUCAACUGCUUAAAGGAGCUUGAUUUCUGGGUUAUGUAGUUAACUAGCAUAAUAAAAAUCCCAUGUAAUUGGAUUGGUUGUAAUUCAAGUCCCAGAAGCUACUGUGUUUAUUGAUUCCUGUGUGAUUCUCUUUAUUAAAGACUAAAUCUCUGUCAAACAAGUCUAUUGCUGAAUGAAGUUAUAGUUGUUCACAACAGA